UCCCCUCCCCGCUUUUUAAAAGGCAGGCUAAAAGCUCGUCUCCGUCUGGCUAAGGACAGCCGUCCCCACUGGGUGAGAUCUGGGUUGGAGGGGGGGGGGGGGAAAGCGGAGUCCUAGAACCGGUCUUUUUAUUAAAAAAACCAAUGACAAGGUGUCGUAAGAAAGGAGAAGGUGCUAAUACGGCUGUUGAUUGGUCGAGGUGUGUCACGUGCUGGGAAGCCAGCCGAGGCAGUAACCAGGACGGUGGCUCCCGAGGGUAAAAAAGGCUCAGGAGCUUCGUUUGCGCCAGGAACACCUGUGCUGAAGAAAGGCUUGUCAAUUUGCCCUGGUUUGUGUUGUCCCUGAUGCCGCUGCCAGUGGCUCUUCAGUCUCGCCUGGCAAGGCGAGGGCUGCUGAAGCAUGUAGAACCAGAGCCAGAGGAGGAAAUCAUUGCGGAAGACUAUGAUGACGAUCACGUGGACUAUGAAGCCACCAGGAUGGAGAACCUGCCACCAAACUGGUACAAAGUAAUUGACCCCAUCUGUGGCUUCCCUUACUACUGGAACAUUGAGACCGAUUUGGUUUCCUGGCUUUCGCCCAACGACCCCAACUCUGUGAUCACAAAAGCGGUGAAGAAAGUGAAGAGCACUUUUGAUGUUGAGGAAAAAACGGAGCGUUUGCAUGAGAAGGUAGAGCGGGAGGAGGUGAAAGAUCGCCGGCACCACCGGCGGGAGGAGCUGGUGCCCUAUCCCAAGAGCAAGAAGGCAAGUCGGAAGGACGAUGAGCUGGACCCCAUGGAUCCCAGCGCUUACUCCGAUGCUCCGCGGGGAACCUGGUCCACUGGGCUACCCAAGCGAAACGAGGCCAAGACUGGGGCAGAUACCACGGCAGCUGGCCCCCUCUUCCAGCAGCGCCCCUACCCGAGCCCUGGGGCUGUUCUGCGGGCGAAUGCUGAAGCAUCCCGGGCCAAGCAGCAGGACUGAGCCGCCCGCCCCUUCCUCUCCUCCCUGACACGUUUCAUAAUAAAGCUUGCAAAACUGUC